AUGCUUUGUGCUAUUAGUGGGAAACCCUGUAAGCACCCGGUCGUAUGUCCAGCAUCACGUUGUAUUUUUGAAAGAGACUUGUUGUUGCAAUGGCUUGACACGCACGAUGGGAAAGAUCCGAUCACAGGCCAAGUAGUCAGUAAGGAUCAAUUGAUUGAGCUGAAACAGGACCCUGCAUUUGCAAACCCAGUGAACUCAGCUACGCUAGCCACAAAUUAUUCAAUACCCAACUUACUAUCCUCUCUGCAGAACGAAUGGGAUGCUAUUAUGUUGGAGAACUUUGAGUUAAGGAGGCAAUUGGACGAUCUAACGAACAGGCUUUCUCUGGCUUUAUACGAAAGGGAUGCCGCAAAGAUCGUUGCUGCAAAAGCGCUUCAACAAAAAGAUACCAAUUCUAGUUUACAAACUUUAAAUGUGGGCACGAUAAGUGAUGAUGUCCGCACUGAAUUUAUCGCGCGUUCUAAGGAGUAUAUCAACCUGACGAAGCAGCAGACCAAGGCUGAUAAAUGGAAUUGGAACGCAGGGAAGGACAUAACACAAUGUACAGUUCAAGAUUCUUGGGAUACGGUAUGUCCUCCGUCACUGGAAUCUGCAAGAGGAAUUCUUGAUGGUAGCGAGUGUAUCACUGUAGUUGCUGCUGAGGGCAAUGCCAUUGUAAUAUCCAACCAGGGGGUUCAAAAUAUGUCUGUCCCCCCCAAUUUGAAUUACGCUAAAGCUACAAUGAUGAAUACGGUUCUUUACGCUACUACUGAAGGUGAGAUUGGCCGUUUGUCUAUAGAUACCAAUGACGCUGUGAGGUGCAGUAUUGAAAGUACAGACGUUUUAUCAAUGUUCUCGCACGAGUUCAUUCUCCCUGACCAUUUUAUCACUGUCCUUAGAAAUGGAUCUAUCUAUCUGACAGGCAGCCGAACGACGACCAGAUUAUGCCCUGAACUUCCCAAGGCAGAAUACCUAGGCGCAGACUUACACAAAGACGGUCUGCUACUAGCGCUGUUUACAGCUGACGAGGUCAUUGUUCUGGACAUCACCGACACUGGGGCUAGCGUAUCGGCCAGUUUCAAAGUGGGGCAAGACAUAAAAAAUGCCGGGCCUGUGCAGGGGGUAUAUUUCCCUACCAAUGGGUACUGGCUCAUGGUUCAUUCGGGCUCAGAGGUUGUCACUUUUGAUCUAAGGAAACCACAGUCCACAUACGCAGUCAAAUCCCUAGCGUUACCUCACGAUUCCGCGCUAUGGACGGUGCACCAUAGCGGCAAGUAUCUGUUCGUGCUCAAUGGAGAGGAGGGUGUGACCGCAUAUCAGUACAAGAAAGCAUUGAAAGAUUGGGAAACACUGUUUCAGUGUCUGCUACCCUCGCACGUGGAGAAUGUUGAACAUUUCGGGUGCAUGAGAGAGAGCGCAGAAAUCAGCCUGGUGCUACAAUCUCGGCAAAAGGCCUCCUAUAUAAAGUUAAAAUAA